UGGAAUGAGAAAAUUGCCAUCAUGAGUCAACAAGGUUAUGUUGCAGCUCCUCCAUAUUCUCAGUCACAGCCAGGAAUAGGAGGUUUUGGACCACCCAGUUCUUCAGUUCAUUAUGGGCAUUAUGGGGACCCUAACUCCUCAUAUUCAGCACCUCAACCAGGUGUGUCAAAAUCAAGUGUGCCUUUUGGAUCUCCAGCUCCUGUCGGGCCUCCACCACCUGGUGCACAGCAAUUCAGCCAGAGCAGUUUCCAGAAUGGGUCUGGUACACCAGGACAGCAACCACACAGGUUUCAAGGCCCUCCACCUCCAGGUAACACAGGACCUUCCUAUCCUCCCUACAGUCAUCAGUCCCAAGCAGCUUUCCCAAAUACUGCACCUGCUUCCUCUACAGCACAACUUGCUGACCAGCUCAACAGCAUGCAGAUAAAUAGCUAUGGUCCUGGCACUGCUCCGAGCUCCUGCGUGCCUCCCGGGCAUCCGGCAGCUUUCCAGGGCCCACGACUGCUGCCCCCAACCCAGCAGCAGAUGGGUUUGCCUCCUGCACCACAGCUGCCUCCUCCACCAGCAAAUAAUGCUAAUGGCCUUUGUGCUCAGCCUGCAUUGCCUCCUAUGGCCAGGCAGGGUGGAAUCCCUGGACCUGCCUCUCCAAAUCCUAACUUGCAACACCUUCCGGGACAGCCUCCGGGGCCUGGAUAUCCUCCUCAGCAAGCAAACUAUGGUCCUCAGAUGGCAGCAUCCCAACUGUCGUAUCCUGGUGCUUUGCCUGGUGGCCCAGCACAGCUCUCAGGCCCACCACAGAAGAAGCUUGAUCCUGACUCUAUUCCAAGCCCAAUUCAAGUAAUUGAAAAUGAUAAAGCUGCCAGGGGAGGCCAAGUCUAUGCCACAAACACAAGAGGACAGGUUCCUCCCCUUGUCACCACCAACUGUGUGAUCCAGGACCAAGGCCACGCCAGCCCCCGCUACAUCCGCUGCACGACCUACUGCUUCCCAGUGACUUCCGACAUGGCCAAGCAGGCCCGCGUGCCCCUGGCAGCUGUCAUCCAGCCCUUUGCUGCUGUGCCACCUGACGAGACCCCUCUUUAUCUUGUAAACCACGGGGAGACCGGCCCCAUCCGGUGCAACCGCUGCAAAGCUUACAUGUGUCCCUUCAUGCAGUUCAUUGAGGGUGGCAGGAGGUACCAGUGUGCAUUUUGUAACUGUAUAAAUGAUGUCCCCCCGUUCUUCUUUCAACACCUGGACCACAUGGGCCGACGGAUAGACCACUAUGAAAGGCCCGAGCUGUCCCUGGGAUCUUACGAAUACGCGGCUACUUCGGAUUAUUGCCGAGACAAGAAGCCUCCUAAUCCACCAGCUUUUAUCUUCAUGAUUGAUGUAUCAUACAGAAACAUCAAGAGUGGCCUAGUGAAACUCAUAUGUGAUGAACUGAAGACUCUGCUAGAUAAACUUCCAAGAGAAGAGCAAGAAGAAUCCUCAGCAAUUCGAGUUGGUUUUGUCACUUACCACAAGGUCCUUCACUUCUUCAAUGUAAAGAGCACCUUAGCUCAGCCUCAGAUGAUGGUGGUCACGGAUAUGGCAGAAGUUUUUGUUCCUUUGCUGGAUGGUUUCCUUGUUGACUUUGAGGAAUCCCGAUCAGUUGUUACCAACUUGUUGGACCAGAUUCCAGAGUUGUUUGCAGACACUAAUGAGAGUGAGACCGUCUUCGCUCCCGUUAUCCAGGCUGGCGUGGAGGCACUAAAGGCUGCAGAAUGUGCUGGGAAAUUGUUCAUCUUCCACUCUUCUCUGCCAACUGCGGAAGCACCGGGGAAGCUGAAGAACAGAGAUGACAAAAAACUGCUCAAUACAGAUAAGGAAAAGACCCUCUUCCAGCCACAGGGAAAUUAUGAGGCCUUAGCCAAGGAUUGUGUAGCCAAUGGCUGCUGUGUGAAUUUGUUCCUCUUCCCAAAUCAGUAUGUGGAUGUAGCCUCCAUGGGCCUUGUCACGAUGUACACUGGUGGAACACUAUACAAGUACAACAAUUUCCAGCUCAAUACUGACAGCCCCCAGUUCUUAAGUGACCUUAGGAAGGACAUCCAAAAAAAGAUGGGAUUUGAUGCAACCAUGAGGGUUCGGACAAGUACAGGCUUCAGGGCUACAGACUUCUUUGGAGCCGUUUACAUGAACAACACCACGGAUGUGGAGAUGGCAGCGGUUGAUUGUGACAAAGCAGUGACAGUGGAGUUCAAACAUGAUGACAAACUGAAUGAAGAUGCUGGGGCCUUAAUUCAGUGUGCUGUCCUGUACACAUCGAUGAGCGGGCAGAGGCGAAUCCGCAUACACAACAUAGGCUUGAACUGCAGCUCCCAGUUAGCUGAUAUCUACAGGGCUUGUGAGACAGAUGCACUUAUCAACUUCUUUGCUAAGUCAGCUUUUAAAGCCAUUCUGAGCCAGCCUCUGAAGACAGUCAGGGACAUCCUGAUGAAUCAGACUGCUCACAUGCUGGCCUGCUACAAGAAGAACUGUGCCAGCCCAGCUGCUGUCAGCCAGCUGAUCCUGCCAGACACGAUGAAGGUGCUGCCCGUGUACAUGAACUGCCUGUUGAAGAGCUGCGUGCUGGCCGGCAGGCCCGAAAUCUCGACUGACGAGAGAGCUUUCCACCGCCAGCUGGUCAUGGCCAUGGGGGUGGCUGACACACAGCUCUUCUUCUACCCCCUGCUGCUGCCAAUUCACAGCCUGGAUCUGAAGAGUGACGCUGUCCCAGCUGCUGUCCGCUGCUCCGAGGAGCGCCUCUCCGAGGGAGGGGCCUUCCUGCUGGCCAAUGGGCUGAGCAUGUUCCUGUGGCUGGGAGCCGGCGUGUCCCCGGAGCUCAUCCAGGGGCUGUUCAAUGUGCCGUCCUUCGCGCACAUCAGCGCCGAGACCACAUCCCUGCCUGACCUGGACAAUCCAUUUUCUAAGAAGCUAAAGCAUAUCCUGGAGCAAAUCCAGAGCCAAAAGCCCCACACUAUGAAGCUGAUGAUAGUGAAGCAACGGGAGCAGCCAGAGAUGCUUUUCCGCCAGUUCCUGGUAGAAGACAAGAGUAUUUAUGGAGGAGCCUCAUAUGUGGAUUUCCUCGUGUGCAUUCACAAAGAGAUCAGCCAGCUGCUCAGUUAA